GGGUCGGCCGGUCAGCGGAGUCAGGGAAGCGACUGGCACGCCUCCGUGUCUCCCGCGACCAUGGCGGUGGUGGCGGUGCUUCUGCGUGGCGGCGCCCGCGCGCGCAGCCCCCUGCUUCCGAGGCGGAUGCAGGAAAUAAGAUAUGUGGACCGAAGUUAUGUAUCAAAACCCACUUUGAAUGAAGUGGUCAUAGUAAGUGCUGUAAGAACACCGAUUGGAUCCUUUCUAGGCAGCCUUUCCAAUCUGCCAGCCACUAAACUUGGUUCCAUUGCAAUUCAGGGAGCCAUUGAAAAGGCAGGGAUUCCAAAAGAAGAAGUGAAAGAAGCAUACAUGGGAAAUGUUCUACAGGGAGGUGAAGGACAAGCCCCUACAAGACAGGCAGUCCUGGCUGCAGGCUUACCUGUUUCUACUCCAUGUACCACUAUAAACAAAGUCUGUGCAUCAGGAAUGAAAGCCAUCAUGAUGGCCUCGCAGAGUCUUAUGUGUGGACAUCAGGACGUGAUGGUGGCAGGUGGGAUGGAGAGCAUGUCCAACGUUCCCUACGUAAUGAACAGAGGAGCAAUACCAUAUGGUGGUGUAAAGCUUGAAGAUCUGAUUGUGAAAGAUGGGCUCACUGAUGUCUACAAUAAAAUUCAUAUGGGCAACUGUGCUGAAAAUACUGCGAGGAAGCUGCAUAUUGCACGAGAUGAACAGGAUGCUUAUGCUAUUAACUCCUACACCAGAAGUAAAGCAGCCUGGGACGCUGGAAAAUUCAGAAAUGAAGUUGUUCCUGUCACAAUUACAGUAAAAGAUAAACCAGAUGUAGUGGUGAAAGAAGAUGAAGAAUAUAAACGUGUUGAUUUUAGCAGAGUUCCAAAGCUGAAGACGGUUUUCCAAAAAGAAAAUGGUACAAUAACAGCUGCCAAUGCCAGCACACUGAAUGAUGGAGCAGCUGCUAUGGUUCUGAUGACUGCAGAUGCAGCCAGGAGGCUCAAUGUUAAACCACUGGCAAGAAUAGCAGCAUUUGCUGAUGCUGCUGUAGAACCUAUUGAUUUUUCAAUUGCACCUGCAUAUGCUGUACCUAAGGUUCUUAAAGAUGCAGGAUUGAAAAAAGAAGAUAUUACAACGUGGGAAAUAAAUGAAGCCUUUAGUGUGGUCGUACUAGUGAACAUUAAAAUGCUAGAGAUUGAUCCCCAAAAAGUGAAUGUCAAUGGAGGAGCUGUUUCUCUUGGACAUCCAAUUGGGAUGUCUGGAGCCAGGAUUGUCGUCCAUUUGGCUCAUGCCUUGAAGCAAGGAGAGUAUGGUCUUGCCAGUAUUUGCAACGGAGGAGGAGGUGCUUCUGCCAUGCUGAUCCAAAAGCUGUAGACAACCUCUGUUGCCUGAGGCGACAGCCCUGUGUAGCCAGAAAGGCCUUCUAUAAUCAUGGUGACUGAUCACCCCGUAUCAGCUUGUAUCAAAAUCAUCUGUUUCACUUUUUAUUAUUUUCAACUUUUUAAAAAAUAAGACAAAAAUAUCAAAUCCCCAAACUUUUGAGAUUACAGAGUAAUGUUUUCUUCUACUUUUUAUAAUCUUGAACACAUUUUUGUUAUAAAGCUAUGCUGUUUGAAAUACCCUGUGCAAUAUUAGUGACUUGUAAGUAGCCAGAAGCUUCCACUUGAGAGAAUAAAUCUUAAUUUACAUUUUUGA